CCACCAUCAGCCAGGCCACUUUCAAUCCCGCAUUUCCCUCCACUCCACUUACUCCCCCUCCUCCUUCUCCUUACCACCAGACCCAAUCCUCAAUCUCUCCUCCGUCAAAAUGGGUGUCACCUUCGACAAGUGCGAGACCCGCCCGGCCAACAUCGACGCCAUCCUCAAUGGCCUCGACCGAUACAACCCGGAGACCACCACGGUAUUCCAGGACUAUGUCACUCAGCAGUGUGAAGACCGCACCUUUGAUUGCUAUGCCAACUUGGCUCUGCUGAAGCUCUACCAAUUCAACCCCCACCUCCUCCAGCCUGAGACCGUCACCAACAUCCUCGUCAAGGCUCUCACCGUCUUCCCUUCUCCCGCCUUCUCCCUCUGCCUUGCUCUGCUCCCCGCCCACACCCAGCCCUUCCAGUCUUCCAACCCCGAAGCCCAAGCCGCCGCUCAGACCUCCGACUUCGUUGAGUCCGUCCAGAAGCUUGCUCGCCUGUCCACCCUCCUGGAAUCCGCCCAGUACGCCCAGUUCUGGUCCACCCUGAACUCUGACGACCUGUACGCCGAUCUGGUCGCCGAUGUUGCCGGCUUCGAGGAGCUGGUCCGCAUUCGCAUCGCCGUCGAAGUUGGCAAGGCUUUCCGUGAGGUCAACGCCGAGGUCCUCGAGCAGUGGCUCGACCUCCGCAGCCGCGAGGCUCUCGAGAAGUUCGUCGCUGAGGUCUGCAGCUGGGAGGUUAACGGCGACGUCAUCAAGGUCCCCACCAACAAGGAGAACGAGGCCCGCAGCGAGGUCAAGAGCGAGCGUGUUGGUGUGGAUAUGUUCGGCCGCGUCAUCCGCAGAGGCUUCGAGCAGGCUGCAUGAGCGGGAGUCUUCUAAGAUUCUUUGAGGAAAUAAAUCGCGUCUUUUAUUUUUCUCAAAUCAACCAAAUCCGCAACCAUGUCGUCUUCUCAAAUUCCGUUUUUUUCCCUUCUUGGACCCCCGCUAUCCGUCCUUCCCCUUCUUGCUAAUACUUCAUUUCACUCGUGUUUCUC